UCGGCUGCUCACAAAGGCGGUGGGGGUGGGGGUGGGGAAGAGGGAGAGAGCAAAGGUCCUCUUUCUCUCUCCCCCCGCCCCUGCCAUCCUGACUUCCAAAGGUUUUGUAAAUAUAGUACUAUGCUCUCACUCCGGACUUGGAACACUUCUUUUAGCUUUCCAUCCUUAAUCCUCAAUCGGGGUUUGGCUUUCCCGCUCCCAUUUUCUUUCUCCUUAUCCCUGUUCUGCCCCCUCCAGCAGUGCUAUCUCCAUUCCUAGGUUUCUACCAAUCACAUCCUUGCAUUGUGAUUUAGGGGCACAUCCUCCUUAGCUGAGAGGAGAACCCUGCAUUCUCUGCCAUAUGUUUAUUAGUUAUGAACUGAAAAAGGGAAGGCUUGACUUCCUGGGUCAUGGCAGUGAAGGAGUCUGGGUGACAGGAAGCAAGCGGCUGGCCUGUCAAGCCUAUUGCUUAGCUGCUAGAUUAACCUUGUCUUGAGAACAACGUGCUAGCCCUGUGUGCUAGUCAGUGUAAGGAAGACCAAACUCCUUGGAAACCUAUCCAGUGGGUUUAUCUUCCAGAUUUGAUAGACAAAAAAGGAAAAAGGGGGAACAUGGGCAAAGGAAGAUUUGAUGAAAAAGAAAAUGUGUCCAACUGCAUCCAGUUGAAAACCUCGGUUAUUAAGGGUAUUAAAAAUCAAUUGCUAGAGCAAUUUCCAGGUAUUGAACCAUGGCUUAAUCAAAUCAUGCCUAAGAAAGAUCCUGUGAAAAUUGUCCGAUGCCAUGAACACAUAGAAAUCCUUACAGUAAAUGGAGAAUUACUGUUUUUUAGACAAAGAGAAGGGCCUUUUUAUCCAACCUUAAGAUUACUUCAUAAAUAUCCUUUUAUCUUGCCACAUCAGCAGGUUGAUAAAGGAGCCAUCAAAUUUGUACUCAGUGGAGCAAAUAUCAUGUGUCCCGGCUUAACUUCUCCUGGAGCUAAGCUUUAUCCUGCUGCAGUAGAUACUAUUGUUGCAAUUCUCCCACCUCUGCCUCCUGAAUGUUGGGAUUAUAGGUGUGUAUCACCAUGCUGGACUAAAGAAGACAUACUUUUUCUUGGCCAUGAGAAGACGUGAAAGAAACUUGGAAACAAGCAACCUUUUCUUCUUUUGAGAAAGUGUCUCAUGUAACCCAGGGUGGCCAAGGAUGCUCUAGAACUAACCUUCUUGCCUCUACCUUCCAAGUUCUGUAAUUACAGGCAUGCGCCACCAUGCCUGGCUCCCUUUUUUGUUUGUUUUUUGUUUUUUUCAAGACAGGGU